AACCACAUGCUUUAAGUCGAAAACAAUUGUGGUGACCCUCCUCUUUUCGCCCCACAACCAUAGAAGGCGAACGAUCUACUUGUAUUGUCUGCAGCAAACAGUUUGUUUUUGAAAAGGUUCCCGUCCAGACCAGAAUGGCUCAGCAAAUGCUACUGUCGCUGCCCGAGUUUCAGAAUGUUUCCACGGGUACUUUGGUGGUGAAGGAGCCACUGAAUUUCUGGGGAGGAGCGAGAGUGAAGCCGAAGGACACAAAGAAUUCGGAACCAGUAUACGAACCUGCAACUGGUCGUGUGCUGUGUGAUAUGAUUCCCUGUGGAGAGGAGGAGGUAGAUCAGGCCAUAAAAAGUGCUCAUUCUGCAUACCUAAAAUGGAGUAAAUUAUCAGGAAUGGAGAGGGCCCGGAUCAUGCUGGAGGCUGCCAGAAUUAUUAGGGAGCGCAGAGAUAAAAUUGCGAGAGUAGAAGUGGCCAACAAUGGCAAAUCUAUCACUGAGGCUCAGGUGGAUAUUGACGUUGCUUGGCAGUGUAUUGAGUACUAUGCUGGCAUUGCCCCCACACUGUCAGGCCAGCACAUACAGCUUCCUGGAGGAUCUUUUGCCUACACCAGAAGGGAGCCACUCGGAGUGUGUGUCGGCAUUGGAGCUUGGAACUACCCAUUCCAGAUUGCUGCCUGGAAGUCAGCCCCAGCUAUGGCCUGCGGCAAUGCCAUGGUGUUUAAACCAUCUCCCAUGACCCCAGUCACAGCAGUCAUGUUGGCAGAGAUCUAUAAAGAGGCAGGUGUCCCAGAUGGACUCUUUAAUGUGGUACAAGGAGGAGCCGAGACUGGAGGGCUGCUGUGUCACCAUCCCAUGGUGGCUAAAGUCUCCUUCACAGGCAGUGUUCCCACCGGAAAGAAGGUUAUGGAAAUGGCAUCCAAAGGUGUGAAGCAGGUGACUCUGGAGCUUGGAGGAAAGUCUCCACUGAUCAUCUUUAAAGACUGUGAGCUGGAAAAUGCAGUCAAAGGGGCCCUCAUGGCUAACUUCCUCACCCAGGGAGAGGUGUGCUGCAAUGGAACACGGGUGUUUGUACAGAGGGAGAUCAUGCCAAAGUUCUUGGAGGGAGUGGUGAAGAGGACCAAGGCUAUUUCUGUUGGAGAUCCCAUGUGUGACGGGACACGCAUGGGAGCUUUGAUAAGCAAACCCCACAUGGAAAAAGUGCUGGGCUUUAUCCAACAAGCUAAAGAACAGGGUGCAAAGGUUUUAUGUGGAGGAGAACGAUUUGUUCCCAGUGACUCCAAACUGAAAGACGGAUACUUUGUGUCCCCAUGUGUGUUGGAUAACUGCAGGGAUGAUAUGACCUGUGUGAAGGAGGAGAUCUUUGGACCUGUGAUGUCUGUUCUGCCUUUUGACACAGAGGAGGAGGUUCUUCAAAGGGCCAACAACACAACCUUUGGCCUGGCAUCUGGAGUCUUCACGAGGGAUAUAGCUCGUGCCCACAGAGUUGCUGAAAACAUUCAGGCUGGAACGUGCUAUAUCAACAACUACAAUGUUGGCCCUGUAGAAGUUCCUUUUGGAGGCUACAAGAUGUCAGGGUUUGGAAGGGAGAAUGGGCAAGUGACGAUUGAGUACUACUCUCAGCUCAAGACUGUUGUGGUGGAAAUGGGAGAUGUGGAAGACUUCUUUUAGGCCAUUGUGGUGUUAACCACCAGCAUUCAUGACAGCCAUGUGAUUUUUCCAAGUUUUCAGAUCUACUUAAAAAGUAGCUGAGCUAUGCUGUUGUUGCUUUGACAGUCCAUAUGUUUGUCUCCAAAUUCCAUUAGGCCUUAAAUUGUGUUGCUAUGAUAUUGUGCUAUAACAGGCUUAACUGUUAACAUUUUCAGUACUGUGAAAUAUGUUUGACAAAUAGUGUCAUAUAUAUUUUUUAAUCUUCAUAGCUGACUAAUUCAAUCAAAAGCAAGUGCCUGAUGUGUUUGUACUUCACAAAUGUAUUACAGUCAUGUAUGGUCAGGGGUGUAUUCCAGAAAGGUUGUGUUACCGUCAAACAUAACCUAACCAUGAACAUACUCUAGAUUAGCUAAAUUUACUCCCGGACGUGUUAUUGGAACCAGCAUACCUCGAGCAAGUAAGGUGUGGUUUAAUUACCUGAGUGUUCAGUGUAUGCUACACUUGUUUGUUUACCAUCCCUCUGUUCCUAACUGUCAAUGCCAUGAGGAACUUGUAUUAGACUGGUGAAUGACAAAUUGGUAGCAUUUCAAAUAAAAGUACCUAUCCUUGGUUUUCAAAAGAAA